GCCCCUUUGGACCGGCUUCGCGGCGCGAAAGCCGCCGCAACUCAAAGAGCGCCCCGGAGGACACUUUUCGACACGCCUGCCAGCCCGCGUUGGGCUGCGCCGCGCCCCGUUGCAUUUAGAGCACCCAACUCACCCCAACAUGGGCGGCCUCAGCGGCGCCACGAUCGCCGUGGUAGAGGACGCCGACGCGAACACCGCGGUCGUCAAACAGGUGGGCUUGGCCACGCUGAUGAAGGACCUCCGCGGCCUCCACGAACGCGGCGCGGACUACGCCUUGCUGCGCGCCGUCGAGUCAGGAAGACGCGGCAGCGCGGUGCAGUUCGUCGACGAGAGCGACGGCGUCCCGCCGUUACGCGAGAUCGUGAAGGACCAGGAGCCCGAGGACAUUGGCCGCGUGCCCGUCGCCGUCGUGCGCCGCGCGCAACAGAAGUUCGCCGAGGCGAGAAAGGCCACGGACGACCGGGCGAUUUUCGUCCACAUGGUCGACCUGUUGUUGCACAUCCCCGAGAACAAAAACUUCGACUUCGCCGGCGCCGGCGCGACGAGUGCGCCCCCGCGUCCCGAUCGUCGACCGUGUGCGACAUCUUCGCGUCCCACGCAGACGACUACUGGGCGGCGGGCAAGCUCGAGCUGCGCUACACGUACCUGUUGCACGGCGUCUCCCUCGCGCUCGAGAAGGCGAUCGUCCCGGGCUACGUGGCCAAGUCCGUCGAGAUCAGCGACCUGGCGCCGUACGACGACGCGGAGGAGAUCGCACGGGCGCGGCGUCCGCGACGAAGCGCGUCCCUGAGUGCCACCGACGCAGGUGCCCAUCAUGAUUUUUGUACCCUACGCCAACAGGCAGGGCGUCGACACAGUGAUCAGGCUGACCUCGCGGGAUUCUGGCUUCAAAACCGGCUACGACCGCAUCUAGGUCUUCUCGGCGCCCGGGGCGAUCGUGCCGCGGGGCAGCUCGCGGCCGGCCGCGUCGACCUCGACGAGGCGCGCGGCGUCGGUCGCGUGGUUCGCGAAGGCGACGCUCUGCCAGGCGGCGUCCUUGCGUAUGAGCGGUGCUUUUGUCAGCGUCGUCGCGCAGAACGAGCAGCUAUGCGUGACGACGGCGCCGAACGGAGUACUCUCGGGCGGCGGGCACGAGUCGGCGUCGGAGUAGCCCGUGCCGGGGGCCGUCGUUUCUGCGGCGGCCCGGGCGAGGGCGAGGGCAAUGAUCAGGCGGAGCAUUGUCUCUUUCCUCUUGAGAGCCCUCUCUUUUCACUUUCCGACGCGACUGAUGCGCGUCGAGCGACCCGUGCGGGGUACCAGGCGCCUCGUGGCUUCGUUACCGGCGCACGCGUGUAGGUAUUGUCCCGCGGUGACAGCGUUCGCGUAAUUGCUGGGCGUCGGAGAUAGUUACAUAUGGUAAGC